GAAUCGAAAUAAAAUUAAAACUAUAGAAGCUUUGAAUUUUAAGUAUCUGGAGCAUUUGAGCACUCUAAAAUUGAAAAGAAAUCAAAUAUCAGAACUCAAGGAUGGUGCUUUCUAUGGAUUGAUGGAAAUAGACAAGUUAAUAUUGGACUACAACCUACUAAAGGAAAUUUCAAAGAGUUGGUUGUAUGGAUUAGAGGCGCUGAAGGAGCUAUCCGUGAGUCACAAUUAUAUCAAUAAAAUUGAUCAAGACUCUUGGGAAUUUUGUCACAAACUUCUAAUCCUAGAUCUUUCCUUCAACAAUUUGGAAUCUAUCGAAGCAGAUACAUUCAAUGGUCUGGAGAAUUUACAAAAACUCUCUUUGCAUAAUAACAGCAUAACAUUCAUAAGGGAAAAUGCCUUCGUCCAUUUACCAAAACUGAAAUUUCUGAAUUUGAGUUACAAUAAAAUUUGGUUGACAAUUGAAGAUGCUACAGGUGUCUUUCAAGGGCUCCACGACUUGAUGAAAUUCCAUUUGGCCGGAAACGGGAUCAAAUCUAUAAAUGCUGAGGCAUUUGCUGGACUAAAAAAUGUGACAUAUCUCAAUCUGAGUAAUAAUAACAUAACCUCCAUUCAGAAGAAUGCAUUCAGCCACAUUCCACUUUUGAAGGAACUAAUGAUAAAUACCACUAGUCUACUGUGUGACUGUAAUUUGAGGUGGUUUUUGAACUGGCUAAAUUUGAAGCAGUUGAAAGUACAGGCAGUAUGUGCCUACCCCGAAUGGCUCCAAGGGGAAUCGCUUCUAGAAGUAACUAGUAAUUUGACGUGUGAUGAGUUGCCCAAACCACGACUGAUAGAAGAGCCUGACCAUGCAAUAAUGGCUUUGAAAGGUGAAAAUAUAUCCUUGGACUGCAAAGCUAUGUCAAGCUCUCCUGACCCGAUGACAUUUUUAUGGAAAAAAGACAAUAUCGAGUUGAAUGAACCGAAUGUAACUAUCGAGUCUAGAGUGGAUCCGGAUGGGAAAUCGACUGAGACAAGUUCCUGUCUCCAUCUCACAAAUGUGGAAUACUCCCACGCUGGGAAGUACCAGUGUGUGGUUUCCAAUAGUUUCGGUACCACUUAUUCUCAGAAGUCAGCUAUAUCAGUAUUGGUAUAUCCAACUUUCACCAAAGUCCCUAAGAAUGUGACCGUGCCUGCAGGAGAAACGGUCAAAUGGGAAUGUGCAGCAAAUGGGGAACCACCUCCUGAAAUUGCUUGGCACAAAGGAGGCGGUAAUGAUUUUCCUGCUGCCAGAGAAAGGCGGAUGCAAGUUAUGCCCCAUGACGAUGUUUUUUUCAUCCUCAAUGCAAAACCUAUUGACAUGGGGAUCUACAGUUGCACAGCCCACAACGCUGCUGGUACUAUUGUUGCGAAUGCCUCACUGACUAUUGAGGAGAAACCGUCCAUUCUGAAGAAAAUGGUGGAUAAGGAAUUCUCUGCAGGUGAGCACGUUGUGCUGCAGUGCCUGGCUAAGGGGAUUCCUAAACCUACCAUAACGUGGUGGAAGGAUGGCGAAUCUAUCAUACCGACCGAGCGGCAUUUUUUCAUCCAUGAAGAUCAGAUGGUUAUCAUAGUGGAUUCAGUACAAACAGACUCAGGGAUUUAUGAGUGCCGACUGAACAAUUCCCUUGGAGAAGUAAGCGACAAGAGCAGGAUUGUAGUUAAACCAAAUACCUAUGACACGAGCAACAUGUUGGGAAUAAUCAUCAUAUCCGUUGUGUGCUGUGCCGUUUUGACAUCUAUCAUUUGGGUGGUGAUUAUCUAUCAAACUCGUCGGAAGAUGGCGACACCAGUCGUUCAGACGGAAUUGCAGCCAAUUCCAGAAACUACCGACGGAAGUCGCACCCUUCAAAUGCAACAUCAGCUCUAUGGGGACAAUAUAUCAGACCAGUCGUCUUGCAAGGAUAGUGGGACCGGAGAUUCUGCUAAACGCAGCAGUGACGACCUAGAACCGGAUUCGUUUGUUGCUGCUCCGGAUGCGGGUGAAGCGGAUGCUCUUAAUUUACACUCUCCUUUGCUGCACUAUCCGACCAACCAUGAUAGGAUUGUCUGUUCUGAAAGCGUUUCUAUUCAUGGGGUACCCUUGGAAGAUGUUUAGCCGAGGGUGAGGAAAUAUAUCAAAGUUGAUUGAUAUCGAAGCGAAGGUGAGUUUUGUUCCAUUCAUUUCCAAGUUGAUAGUAGGGGUGCUCAUUCGUUAAUGAAAAGAACUAGCAUGAACUUUAUUAAUGAAUUCAUGGGCACUCGCCUGGAAGGUAGAACUGAUCGGGUUUCUCUUGGGUUUCCUACCUUCCAAAAUUUGAAAAAUGAAUGAAUCGAGAGUAGUAAGAGUCACUCUAAGAGGUUGUAUUUUAUGUUUUUACCAAGUAUAAAGUAAUAUAA